AUGGCUUUAAGUUUAGGGCAGUUCAUCAAUGUGGGCGGUAUGGUAAAGGAUUUAAAAAGUUUCAACUUUAGCGUAUAUGGUAGAUGGUUUGGAUAUAUCAACAUAAUUUUGUGUAUUGCACUCGGGAUAGCGAAUCUAUUCCAUGUUAGUGGUGUGAUAGCGUUUGGCAUUAUUAGCAUAAUCCAGGGCUUGAUAAUUCUAUUCAUUGAGAUACCAUUUUUGUUAAAGAUCUGUCCCCUUAGCGAUAAUUUCAUUGAGUUCAUUAAAAAAUUUGAAACAAACGGGUGGAGGUGUAUUUUUUACCUGGCAAUGGCAAUCAUCCAAUACAUUUCGAUUGCAGUGAUGGCCACAAGUCUGAUCGUGGUUGCUGUUGGGUUAACAAUAUCGUCAAUUAGCUAUGCGGUCGCAUAUACCAAACAUCAAGAGUUUCAGAAUACAAAUAUCAUCAAGAAUCCCACAGACGAUGACUUUCCCCAUGAGGCUGUCGUUAGAGAGAUGUUGUGA